GCGAGAGAGGCUGUACGAUCUUCUGUGUAUAUAUAUAUAUAUAUAUAUAUAAACUCGCGGUUUUCUCUAUCCGACUGCUGCAGCGCGAGACGAUGCGAAAACGAAAGUCAUAGUGACUUUAAUUACGACGACGGUAUUAUACGCCUCGUGUGUGACGCGCAGUGUAUUUUCGUGCGAGAGAGAAAAGGAAAACAAUAUAAAGUGAAAAAAAAAACGAACGGACACAGAAUUGCAGCGCACACGCGACGCUCUCGGUUUCUUCGCGUCUCGCGCGUACAUGCUAUCGCUUGUAUGCGUUUGUGUAUAGCUAUAUAUAAUACGCGCGCAAUUUUAAUUUAGCGCGGCGCGUCGUGCCGCGCGUUUGCGAAACGAGAGACGCGGCACAAGUCGAAUUACAUCAGGAGCUCGGUCGUUGUUUCUCCUUUAUGCAAAUAUGUGCAUGUAUGGGUUCUCCUUUGCUUUCGUGUGGCCGGAUGUGCAUGACUUAAAAUUCCUUUUGUUAUUCGAUUUCGGAAAAUUACAGAGACGGAUCGUUAAAGAGUCGUUUGUGGAGGGAAAAAAGGAGCCGAUCACAAUCGCGCGCUCGAGGAAAGCGCGAUGAUGAUUCACGACUAGAUGCGAUGUGUAUGUGUGUGUGUGUGUGUGGCUGGAGAAAAUUCCUCUCGGGCUGAUUGGAUUGCGAGACGCGCUGUAUUGUCGUGGGAAGGCGAAAAACAUUAGAUUAUACGUGGUGAAAGUUGGUUUAUUAUUUUUUAAUAGAAAAAUCGCUAAACACAAUGCGGAGAUCUUGAAGGUGCGGGCGGUGCACGCAUGUGUUACACAGCUGAGUGUAAUUAACUUCGGGAUGAAAUUGAGGCUAAUUUAAUUAAUCGUAAAAAAAAGAAAAAAUAUAUUUCUGUAUAAAUAGAAUAGGACGUGGGUUUUUAAUUGAUACUCCUUGGUCGCAAACCUAAUGGAAUUGACUUUGCGAGGACAUACAUAUUUUUAAUAAUAUAUCCUAAUAACAAGUCCUGUGUAUAUGUGUAACUCGCAGUCGUACGGUAUACAACGCGUAUAUAAGGACAAACUCGAAGCGCGCAAGCGACGCUAAUCGCGAUCUUAUCGUCGAUCCCCCCCCCCCCCCCCCCCCCAUACAUUUAUAUACAAGUGACAAAAACCUCUGCCUCGUCGUGUGAAUAAAAAAGGAGCCAACGCGCACCUGAUCGAUACCUAUAUAUACUCACCCUCAGCUCGAAAUAUAGCGUCCAGAGCGAAAAAUACAACAGCCGCACGCAGUGUAGGUGGUAUUGACCUCGCGUGUGCCCCCUGCGCGAUAAUUCUCUUUCCCCUUUGCUUUUUUUCGUCGCUUUUCACCGCGCACGAGCUUCGAUGUUACAUACCCGACGGUUUUCUCGCGCUUAACGAGCGCGCGCGAGAGAUUUCGUCGACGGAUAGAGUAACAUGCGCGGGGGAGUCAACGGCCGAAAGGGUUGACGAGCGCGACUUUUCCGUUGAGGCUUUUCGGGGAAAAUUAUUGUAAGAGGGAUAAGAUCGACGAUUUCACGAGGUGAACACACAUGCAUCUGUGUAUGGGAAAAGCGCGAGAGUGACCUCGAUGCAGCGAACAACGUACAGCCCUUCUCUGCGCAUUAUUGCGAUUCCUUCGCCCUUUCUCUUCUAUACUACGCCGCGGACUUGUGCGCUCUUUCUUCUGGCUCGAGCUGCGGUCGAGUUGUAAUACUUAUACACAGCGUCGUUGGCGAAUGCAUCCUGUUGUCGUGCGUGUUGAACCGGUUUUUUCUCCGCAGCAGUUUAGAACUUCGCGAUGUUGUCUGAGCGACGGUUUUCGGGGAACCUCUUUCGACCCAUACACGCAUGCCUUCGGGAGAGUCUUCUUUGUUAUACGUGGAGUCGAUGCAGCGAGGAAACGUAUCAUAAGAUCGUAAAAAUCGAUUUUCACUUUCACUCCCGAUGCGGAGAUGCGCAGCGAACGCGUCCAAGUGCCAUAAUUGCCGACGCUGCGCAGGUGCUUUAUACUUACUAACUCUCCCAUAUUCACCUUUUCGUGUCCGGUGUAUAUAGCCCUGCACUCAAUACUGCGACCGAACGGCGCUUCGUGCUGCACGCGAGCGUUUCCUCCUUCGCGCGAUGUGUCGUGCCCUCACGCAUGUGUGUGGGAUGUAAUGCGUUGGGGAAUGCAUAUUUCGAGCGACUCGAGGGAAGAUCGCGGUGAAUCGAGCGAUUCGCUUCGAGUCGACCUCGUUGUUAUGUAAAAUUACAAGAGGACCGAAUCAGACGAGCGUCACGUCAUUAUCAUCGAGUCGAGGGACCCCCCGUAUAUAUGCGGUACACUGCAUAGUAAACAGAGUAUAUAAGAGUAUAUAAAUCUGCAGCGAUGAUGCAUCGGCCGCCCAGAGUCCCGACUAUGAAUUCCUCCAGCGUCGCGCACGUCCCAUAAUAAUCGUUUCGCAACUCGGCUAUACAUAGUCGAACGCUGCAUCGUCAUCAAAUUCUCCGGAAUAUAUAUGUAACAGGCAUAUAGGCGUCGCCGCACGGCCCUGUGUUCUAAAAGCGUCGCACUAGCCUCGGAGAUCUUCGCGGGCACCAUGAUGCUGCUGAUGAGAGAGAAUGACGCGAGCCCCAUUGAGGAGAACAAAAAAAUAAUCAGCUGAGCGAAGGUCACCGCGCGAGUCUGUGCGAAUGUCAACGAGGAAAUCGCGUUUCUUCACGCCUGAUGCUUUAAUUGCGCUCGCUGGCAUGCGUGUGAUAUAAUUCUCGGGUAUAUGCCGUAAGAUUGAAUUAUCUUUUUAUUAUAUAUGUAUAUGAGAAACUUUAUUUCGUUCGUAUAUUAUUCGCGGGCGCGCACUUGUUGAUCCUGUGAUACAAUUCAUCUUCGUGAAUUCUUUAUUAUUCGGUUCGAGAAACACAAAUACGCACACACGUGUGCUGACAGUGGGUCAAGAUCGUGUUUUGCUUUUUUUUAUCAUGUGCGCCACACCGCGUGAGUUUCGUAACUGCGCCUAUAUGGUACACUCUGCGCGCGGAAUUAUGAAUUAUUAUCGUCGAAGCAGUUUCGCGAAUGUACGAGCUGCGACGUUUUUACUGCCGGAUUAACGGAUUGAGCAGUGCACUUAGGCUUGAUUGGGUGAAUUAGGUGACGUCGUUGCCUAAUCUGAAUCAAUAAUGCAACGCGGACAGCUGUAUAGCGUCGUUUCUGUUUCCGCAACAAUAGUAACCUCUGGAGUAUAAAUACGAAGAUACAGUCACGGAUCGCUGAGCAGAGCCGCUGCAGAAAAAAAAAGUGAAACGCGCCUACGCAUAACCAGUAAAAUAUAGAUCCUUUCAGGCUAAUACGAAGCUCGGCCGCAUUAGCGCAGAUAAGAUAAGCCGCCGGCGGUUUAAAAAGUAAAAACAGAGUAAACGAAAUUUCCAAAGAGACUAGACGAACUCUGUAUAGAGAGACGUACAUGCGCACACCAACACAGCAGCAGCUCGGCUGUGUCCUUGACAAGGCCCUAACCCAGUUUUGCAACGCCUCGGCGCACGCAAGGAACAAUUUCUGCUCGUUAAAACGUGCCCGGUAGUCACGACGCUUUACACGAAUUUAGUCUUGUGCGUUAACCACGUGCUCGACAUGCGGAACGAGUCUUUAACUUUUAUAUUUUUUGUUUUUGCUCGACACGAGUCUGUAAGUGAAAUUGCAGGAGUGAUGUGACGUAAACAGCCCGAGUUUUGUUGUUGUUUGAUUCAGAAAAUAAAGGGAAGUGCUCGUAAUGACUCACGGAUGCAAAUUAUCAUCCUCGCGAUCUUAGUAAUUCCUGUCGAAUUUUUAAAAAUCCCAGCGUUCGAAGGAAAAUCACGCUCAUCACACGGCUCGUUUCAGGGAAUAGUAGUAAAUUACUCGAAAAAUGGAGAAGAAAAACAAUAUAUCACAGAAGCCGAGGAGUACCGGAAAUACUCGCUCGUUCACACGUAGCAAAGUGGCAUUAGACAAUGAGGAAUCGGUGGCAAGAUGGGCUACGACACGGAGAUGGACGGCUGCGGUCGCUGCAUGAAGUACACGCUGUUCGUCGUGAAUUUCAUCAUUUUCAUCGGGGGACUGACCAUCACGGGCCUGUCGAUCUGGGCGCUGGUGCAGAAGGUCAACUACGUGAGCGAGCUGACCGGUAACAACCUGCUGACCGGUACCGUCUACAUCCUCCUCGUCAGCGGUAUCAUCGUCACGGUCAUAUCGUUCCUCGGCUGCAUAGGAGCCGCCCGCGAGAUCAAGUGCAUGCUCUUCAUGUACUUCAUCAUCAUCCUGCUGCUGUUCUUCAUCAUCCUGAUCGGCGGCGUCCUGGGCUACGUCUUCCGCGAGAAGUUCAUCACUACACUCCAGCAGCAGAUGCAGAACUCCAUGAGUCUCUACAGACAGAAGAAAGAGAUCACCGAGGCGUGGGACUACGUGCAGGGACAGCUGAAGUGCUGCGGUGUCAGGAGCUGGCGCGACUGGAGCAGGUACCUCAACGAGGUUCCACUGAGUUGCUGCAAGUCCUACACUCCAGACGGACAGCCGGUGGUCUGCAAUCGCUACGCCGAUUCCAUCAACGAGCACAACGCAUACCCCUGGGGUUGCGUCGAUGCAACCAAGGACUUCAUGCAGAAGCACGCGGCGGCUCUUGGCGGAGCUGGUAUCACCCUUGCCAUCCUGAUGCUGAUCGGUAUGAUAUUCUCUUGCGCGCUGUUCAAGAUGAUACACUGAGGCGCAAAGAAGCCGUCGUAAGUCCAUUGAUAACCGAAAUCGAUCGUCGGAUGCUCAUUGCGAUGUCACGUACAGUGAAUUCAAGCGAUCAAUAUCCGUCCAGGAAUAUAGUAGCAGACUUUUGCCAUGGCAAAUGUACGAGCUGCGCGUUUUUACCUAUCCAGAUCUGAAUAAGCGAGUUUCGACGAUUGAUAUAUGAAAUGUAAUUUUUCUAAGACUAUACGGUAUAUAUUAUUAUCACAUAUGUGUACGCGUCGUUCGAUUUUCCAAUUUUUCUAUAUAUACAUUCUAUGUACCGAUGUAUUCAAUGUACUUUUGUAUCGAUUGGAGUGAAUCGUGUUUCCGUGUAAAUGGCGCUUCGAAAACGUACAUGUAAUCCCGCAACGUGCGUGCGACACCGCGUGUUUAAUUUAUUAUCGUAUUUUAUAUAUAUAUAUAUACACACAUAUAUAAUAGCUAGACGUAAUUUAAGUAAAUCGCGAAACUGCCUUUAUCGACGCGAGUAUGCCUCGAAUUAGACAUGUAUACUAAAUUUAUAUUUUCGUAUUCUUUGUAAGAAAAUAUAUAGACAUUGCAAAAAAUUGUGUGUAUGUGCGUCGAUAUACGAAAGGCGUUUCUUACACGUUGUGCUUGGAGAACAUUUUACCGACAUGAUAUUAGUGGAAUCUUUCGACUCUCGGGCCAAGCCCAGUAGUUACAUUAUAUGUGUACUCGUGCGAAGAAAAAAAACGAUGGUUACCAUUACGUUAUUAAGCCAUUUCUAUGCCAAAAGCAACUGGAACGCUUUUUUAUAGCGCAGACUUCCGAAACUUUUAAUUUACACACUUUAUACACUUGGCAUUUUAAUCGUAAAAUAAUAGGUUUACUUUUUUGCAGAUAGUAGGCUAGUUUACGAUUAUUUUUAAUUAUACCUCUAAAGCGUUCAAAGUACAAAUUUUGUUUUAUAUGCCGUAUAAGUACUAUGGCUUUUUUUGAAAAAGAAAGUUGUGCGGGCUUGAUAAUCAGUGCUGAAUUUUAAGCUGUAUCAUCGAUGGAAUCUCAAAUUUUAUAAAUUUUCUCGAUGUUUGUAACUUUUAUACGUCCUUGUUGUAUUUUCGCAUGGAAAAAAUUCUACGAUGAAAAUCGAUAAAUUCUUAUAGGAUAUAUGAUAUUCUAGCAUGUAAUCUUGUGUGUGGCACCGAAUUGUAAUUUUGCUUUUUUAUCAAGUCGAAGUACCUCAAAAACAUCAUAUGUUUUGUCUAAUUUUCAAGAUGAUAAAUGAUAGUCUCGCAGAAUUAUGAUUUGUAUUAUUUGAUUUAGUUUAACACGUUUAAGUUAAGAUUUGUAAAUAUGUUUGCACUAUCAUUGAUGGCGUUUAUUUAACUUUCAUGUAUUACGCUUGUCAACGUCAGAAAAAUUACUGCAAUAAUAAAAAACACUCCGACAGGA